AUGGGAGGUGUUGAUGAUGUCUACCUGGAACUUGUCAGGUCCCAUUUGAUCGUUGCUGGAUCCGAGAGCGGCUCCCUUCUGGUCUACGAUCUCCGCGCGCGCGCGAGAAGCCCUGCGGAACUCCUGGGGGACAUGGAAGGUUUACCUCCAAAUCCUGACCCGGACGUGGAUCACUUCCAGGGUGCAGUUUGGUUGCCUUCCGCCUUCUCUACCGAUGUCUUCGUGUUGCCGUCUGGGCUGAAAGGGCUUGAUGAUGACAUCAUGUCCGGAGCCAUGGGUUUCUCCAAGGGUCUCGGGGACCGGCGGAUGGCUUCGGAUGGGUUCUGGGUGAAGCUGUCACGGGAAAGCGUGGAACGUGUGGAACGCGUGGAAGUGGCGGGAGGCGCAAGGCUCCCGACCUGUCGCGAGACCUGGCGCCUCUCCACUGCCACGCUCAGCUCGCUGCGCAGCCACGCGCUGCGGCCGGACGUGGUCUCGGAGACGAUCUCUCUGACGGCAUGCCAUCGAGGCAGUGCCUGGUCCUUUGCCCUUCAACUGGGCUUCCUUUGCCGCGGUGACGCCAUCUACGCCUUGGAAGUCCUGCGUUCGGCGACGUGGCGGACCUGGCGGCGAGCUGCAAAAGUGCUGGAGAGGAUGGAGGAUGAUGGCCUUCGUUUGGACGCCAAGCAUGGCGCCGUGCUGGCGGCCGCCUUGAGCUGGUGCAGCUGGUGCCGAGCGCAGGCCUUCCUGUCACAGCUACACGUCUCCAUGCUGCGCUGCGACAAUGUGCUGCUUGCGCUCGCGUCUAUGGCUUCCCCAUGGAGCAGCAGCAGCGCUGUGCUGCAGGAGCUGCGCCGCCGCGGUCUCCGCCGCGACUCUCUGAGUUUCCACGUGGCCAUGGCGUCCCGCUGGCGUCGCGCGGCCGAGCUGCUGAUGGAGAUGCGAAGGCUGCAGAUGCGACUGGAGGUGGUGUCCUAUACCCUGGCAGGAGGUGUGGGCGAUGGAGGUGGAGCUGUCGGUGUACAGGACCACUGGCAGCAAGCGGUUCUCACCUUGCGAGGCAUCAAGGGCGCCUCGCUCCGCGCGGAUCGCACCGCGCAGAACGCAGCGUUGCAGAGCGUGGCGCGGCGGUCAUCGCAGUGGCGGAGGGCCAUGCAGAUGAUGCGCAACCAGGCCUACGGAUACCAACGCCCGGAUUUGCUGAGCUACAGUGAAGCGAUCUCAGCCCAGGACGCAUGGAGGUGGGCGUUGAGUUUGUUUGCAGAACUCGAUGGGAACCUCGUGGACACCAUCGCGAUGAACUCGGUGAUGACGGAGAUGAGCUGGACAAAGGCGCUGGUGAUCUUUGGAGAACUCUUCGCACAAGGGCUCCAGUGCAGCAGCAUCAGCGUGGGCACCGCCAUCAGCAGGACCAUCACGUCGUCGAAAUCGCCGUGGCCGCUGGCGCUGGAACUGCUACGAAGGGCGCUGCGGUGGCAGAUGCAGCUGGAGGAGUCCAGCUUCAAUGCGGCCAUCGGAGCCUGCGAGAAGGCUGUCGCGCCGUGGGGCGAUGGAAAAAGUGAUGCCGAGGCCAUGGAUCUCAGUGGUGUGGUGAGCUUUUGGCGCGUGCUGGAGCUCGCGGACGCAGGUGUCAAGCUGGCGUUGCAGGGCAGCCUGACGUUGGCUGAGACGAGUCGACAUUCUCCCGUCCUGGGAGAGUUCUUGAACGCCAGCUAUUUGUGCAUCCAUCCACAACAGCAGGCGCAGUUCAUUGCCUUGUCCCAGAUGGGCAUCCACCAAGCACAACGUCAGGGCGGCCUGGUUUCGGGGCCCAAGAAGUUGGAACUGCAGGAGGACGCUGAGCCGUUCUCCCAAUGCUCGCAGCCGAUCAGCUUGGAAGCCCUGGCAGAAAUGGAGAAAAUCACAGGUGCUUCCUUCAAUCCCUUUUUCCCACAUCUGUUGGUCGUGGCGUACGCCGAAGGCGAUAUCGCUCUCUUUGAUUGCUCCCUAUGUGUGCCUGUGACCCACUGGGCCUGUGCCGUGAAUCAGGCUCCUGGUGCUCGUAUCUCUGUGGCGUGGUCCACUCGAAGGCCGUGUGUCUUCUUCGUGAAAUGUGGCGAUGUCUUAGAUGUGUGGGACCUGUCGGAGCAAACCCACACGCCUGUGAAGAGUGUCUCCUUGGAAGGCGCAGCAAGGGGGGAGUUGGGCGAGAUACCCAUCGCACGACUCAAAGAACUGCUGGAGCCAAAGCUUGGGGCUUCCAUCUUCCGACAACGGCUACUGAACCACCAGAACGAGGUGAUCUCCACCCUUCCAGCCGACACGGAGGAACUGCAGGUCGUGGUUGUGCCCUUCUGCCAGGACUUUGGAGAGGAACUCUUGGCUGCUGCGACCAUAGGCCACGUCCCUUCCUUGCGCACCAUCUUGGAGAAGCCGCAGCACCCAGACGGCGGGCCCGGGGCGCUGCAUGCGGCCGCGCGCUACGGGCAUGCGGAGGCGGUGCGUCUCCUGCUGCAAGCGGGCGCCUGGCAAGACCAGCCCGGCAGAUACGACGCCACGCCUCUGUUGGAAGCGGCGGAACAUGGGACUCUACAGGUUGCGCGGAUCUUGGUCGAUGCUCAGAGCGACUUGAACCAGAUGGGUUUGGGCCGCACCACGCCCUUGUUGGCCGCCUGCGAACGUGGACAUCUGAGCAUGGCGCAGCUCUUGGUGGAGCGAGGUGCUAACAAGGAGUGCGCUGACGCGCGGGGCGUGACGCCGCUGCUGGCGGCAGCCGGCUUUUGUGGCUCGCUGCCGUUGGUGGAGCUGUUGCUGGAUGCCAAGGCUAGUUGCAAUGUGCUGGACACAGAUGGCAAGACACCUUUGAGACUGGCAGCAGGCAUGGGCCACGCGGACGUGGUCCAGUGCCUCCUGACCACCGAUGACGUCGACGUCGACGCGCGCGAUGCGCUCGGUGCCACGCCGCUCUGGGCGGCGGCGCGCAACGGGCGCGUGCGGGUCACGCAGCUCUUGUUGCAGCACCGGGCGGAGAAGGACGCCAGAGAUAUCGAUGGCGAGACGCCACUGCUCACGGCCGCGGAGACAGGGCACCUGCAAGUGGUAAAGACCUUGUUGGAAGCCAGGGCUGACAAGGAAGCCGCAGAUGGGGAGGGCCGCAGCCCAUUACGUGCUGCGGCAGAGCAUGGCCGAAAGGCCGUGGUGGAAUGUCUGCUGGAAGCAGGAGCCUCGAUCAAUGCCGCCUGUCUCUUGGGUCGCAGCGCCUUGUACUGUGCCACAUGGAGUGGGCACAAGGAGUUGGUCGAAACUUUGCUGGCGGCUCGUUGCGAUGCCAUGCAGGGCGACGGUGACGACGUGUUGCCCUUGCACCUCGCUGCCGGGAAGGGCCACCUGCCGCUGCUGCCGCUGCUUUUUUCGUCGGCGCUGGAGAAAGGCGACGCGGACGGGGCCACGGCGCUGUGGCGCGCGGCGCAGAAGGGGCAGCUCGAGGCAGUAAUCAAACACCUCUCCAGAUUGCUACAGCCAAGUGCCAUCAUCAGGUGGUCAACUUCCUCCAAGCUGAAGCUGAACCGUUGGCGAAGCGGCGUCGCCUUUGUGGGUCGAGCGAGACAUAGCGAGGCGUAG